AUGACGAUAUUCCUUACUUUACGAAAGGAAAAAUUGUAUGUCAACUUAAAAAAAUGUUCGUUUCUUCAACCACAAAUUUUAUUCUUGGGGUUCAAUAUUUCUGCGGCUGGGGUUAGCACAGAUCCUGCCAAGGUGGAGGCUAUUACUGGUUGGCCAACACCCACGACUCUGACAGAGGCACGAAGUUUUCAUGGUCUCUCCUCUUUUUAUCGACGAUUUAUUCCAAGGUGCUUUUCUUUGGACCCCUGCGGCUGCCAAGGCCUUUACAAUUUUGAAGCAGAACUUCGACAUCCUGAUUUGACUAAAGUCUUUGAAGUCGCAUGUGACGCUUCCGGAGUUGGGAUUGGUGGUGUGCUUAGCCAAGAAGGACAUCCCGUAGCAUACUUUAGUGAGAAACUUAAUGAAGCAAAGAAGCGUUAUUCUACUUAUGAUAAGGAGUUUUAUGUUGUGGUACAAGCACUUCGGUAUUGGCAAUAUUACCUACUGCCGAACGAAUUUGUGUUGUAUUCAGAUCAUCAAGCUUUGAAAUAUCUGCACUCUCAACGCACCAUUAGUAGUCGACAUGUUAAGUGGUCCGAAUACCUCCAGAUCUUUACAUUUGUUUUACGACACCAUCCAGGCAUUGACAAUAAGGCAGCCGAUGCCCUCAGUCAUGUCGCUACUAUUUUGCACACAAUGAUAGUUCAGUUUCCAAUGGUAACCGUCGCGAAUAUGUGGACUUUAUUACGAGGGAUGAGUUCUUAUUUCGAGGAACACAAUUAUGUAUUCCCCGUACAUCUCUCCGUGAAUUCCUUGUUUAGGAACUACAUGGUGGCGGCCUCGCAAGACAUUUUGGCAAAGAUUGCCUUGAUAGAAGAUCGUUUCUAUUGUCCGUCAUUAAAACGUGAUGUUGCUCAUCUCAUCUCCCAAUGCCGUACAUGCCAGCUAGCUAAAGCUCGCAAACGUAACACGGGUUUAUAUACCCCUCUGCCGAUACCUCAUGCCCUAUGGAAGGAUCUUAAUGGUCAAACUGAGGUGGUUAAUCGCAGUCUUGGUGAUUUAGUCCGCUGUUUAGUUGGGGAUAAACCUGGUAAUUGGGAUCUCUUGUUGCCUGUGGCUGAGUAUGCUUAUAACAACUCAGUUAAUCAAAGUACCGGUAAGAGUCCUUUUGAGGUUGUUCAUGGGUUUUCUCCCCGAUCACCUGUUGAUUUAGUUGUUUUUCAUGUGGUUGCCCACGCAUCAGAUUCUGCUACGUCAUUUGCUGAACAUAUUAGGCAACUGCAUGAUGAUGUCCAUAGGCAGAUAUCCAUGCACACCGACACUUAUAAACUGGCAGCCAAUGCUCAUCAUCGUCAACAGGAGUUUCAGGAAAGGGAUUUUGUUAUGAAGCUUCAUGCUCGUUCGAUGGGUCCUUAUCGUAUCAUUAGGAAGCUUGGGUCCAACGCUUACUUGAUUGAGUUGCCUGCAGAUAUGCAUAUAAGUCCCAUUUUCAAUGUUUCUGAUUUAACUCCUUAUCGAGGAACCUUUUCUCCACCUAUUUCUAUGGAUGCUGCUCAGGGUUCCGCUCCUCAUAUGGUGCCGCGUAUUCCUGCUACUAGUUCUGCCAUUACAGAUCAAACUGAGGACGUCUUGGGUCAUGAAGUUGUGGCCUCGUCUACUAGAGGUUCUACUCGUUAUCUAGUUCGUUGGGUUGGAAGACCUGCUACUGAGGAUACUUGGAUUACCGAAGCUGAAUUUCGCCAUUUGGAUUCCACUCUUCUGCAUAGUUAUCAGGAUGCUCUUCAUGAUCUUGAUUUGGCUGCAUCUUGUCCUCCCAUCAUCCAUACUUACAAACGUCGUCAUCAUCCUUAG